UACCUUAAAUUAAAAUAAAGUCAUUCAUUUUGUUUAGUGAAUGUGAUCGUGUUGCAAAAGGAUUUAUUUAUUAUUUGGAAACCUAAAUGUUUGUUUUUGAUUUGUAUAUAUUUUGAAAUUGUAAAUUUGAUAAACUAAUAACCGUAAAAGUUAAUAUGGAUACAAACUCAAAAUCCGCUCCUAGAUUUAAUAAACACGCAGAAUAUGUCGAUUUAAGAGAACCAAAUAGCAUCAACCAUCAAGAUGGACAAUUAUCUUCAAUGUCACGUCAUAAAACAUCACAACGUUCAGUUAUGUUGUCUCCUAAUGCUCCCGAAUUCAUUCCUAAAAGACGAACUGAUGAUAUUUCAAAACCAAUGAACGCAAUGAAAAUUUCAAAUCUCCAAAACCGUUUAAAUGUAGCACAAAGUAGUUCUAAUCAAAAUCAACACCCUCAAAAUAUUCCAUAUUGUCAUCCAACUAUUUAUCAAGAGCAAAAUACUACAUUAAAUCCACAUCAAUCAACGAAUAAAUAUUAUAAUAGCGGAAAUAGUAAUUACAAUCACACCAUGCAAAGCAUUCCGAAUUGUAAUAACACGCCAAUUCAAAACCAACACGUUUCAACGCAACAAGAAUUUGCUGGAUCUCAAGGGAUUUUCGACCCUACCCAAGAAGAAACAUAUGCAAUCACUUAUAUUGAAAGCAUUGUGAACAGCUUAAACGAAAAUCCUGGGUCUUUCGAUUCAGUUGCCAAACAAGCGCAAGUUAUAUUUGAAGGGUUCACAGAAAAUUAUUACGUAUUAUCUAAUGCAAUGGAAAUAAUAUUUAAUAAAUCUAUUGAGGAACAAAACUUUCGUUAUAUGGGUGCAAAGUUAUACAAUUUACUAGAUUCCAUUGAUCGUAAAAGCGAAAGUAUGUUUCGAUGUCUCUUAACUUUUAAGUUAACAUAUCAUAAAGAAGAAAUUAUUAAUUUUAUAAAAAACAAGGGGCAGCAUAAAGUCCGAGGAACUACAUUGUUUUUAGCGGAGUUAUACAUGCAGUUACGAGACAAUGAUGAAACUAUUAAAGACAUUGCUCAAAGUAUAGUUUUUUCAAUAGAACAAUUACUCACAAAUCCUUCGCCAGAAAAUAUAAAGUGCAUUUGUUGGACUUUAAAGUUAGCGGGAUAUGACUUAGAUAAAGAUUGUCCUCAUAAUAUGAAACUCAUUUUAUCUACAUUAAGUACUACCAAUCCUAUGGAUGUCAGCACAAGUAGGCUUUUGGAGAGUGUUUUAAAAUUAAAAGAUAAUUGUUGGGGCCGUACCGAGGAUAUUAAAGAAUAUUCUUCUGGCAACGUACCAUAUAUUAACAAUUGUGAUGAACCUGUAUUUUAUGGGCCAGACGGUCAAAUUUUAACGGAAGAGGAAAAUAUGUUUUUGGCUUCUAUUUCCAAUAGUGAUAUCAAUGAGGAUAACGACUCAGAAUACGAAUGCAAUCCUGAAAUGGACGAAGAAACUGAAUCAGCAUUUAAAGACUUUUUAAAAAAUAAUCUAAAGAUGUGAAAUUUUAUGUACUGAUUUUUUUUUCUUGUUUUUAAACACAAAUAAAUUUGAGUCAAAUCAUAAAAUUAA